GCGGCAGUGAUCCUGAAAGCUAAGGACAGUGGGAGCAAUGUUGCUGCUUGUGAUAGGGGUUUUCCUCUUGCUCUGCACCCUGCUCUUUGUGGGCACUGUUUACCAUGAAUUCUCUACAGCUGAAUUUCCAACAGGGAUUGCAUGUCGCACAGAGCUUCGAAAACUCCAUGGACUUGUGACUGUUUUUUCAGUCCUGGGGAGCACCCUUGAAAAACUUGGAGUUUGGUCCGAGCUUGGUGUUCUUCGCCUUUUGGGAAACCUGUAUCCGAUAUGUUCAGUAGAUGAUCCGGAGCUCUUCAUAAAGAUUUUGAAAUUUGAAGGCGUACCUGUGAGAGUUUACCAGCCCAGAGAGUCCUCUGCUGGAGGCAGAAAAGGAGUGAUGUUCUUUCAUGGAGGAGGCUUCAUAUUUGGAGAUAGUGAUCUCUACGACAAACUUUGCCGACAAAUAUCAAAGAAGGCUGGAGUGGUGGUGGUGGUGUCAGUUGGGUAUCGACUUGCACCAAAGCACCUGUACCCCGCAGCAUUUGAAGAUUGCCUGAAUGCUACAAUCCACUUCCUGAAGACUGCACAGGAUUACGGCGUCAAUCCCUCUUCUGUUGUAAUCUGUGGGGACAGCGCAGGUGGAAACCUCACGGCUGGUGUGGCGCAAGCUCUUGUGACAAGAAAAGAUAUUCCCAAACCUCUGGCUCAGGUGCUAAUAUACCCCGUGGUCCAAAUGAUUGACUUCAACUUACCUUCUUACCAACAAAACAGCGGCGUGCCUCUCUUACUCAUAGACAAAGCCCUGUUCUACAUGCUAAAUUAUCUAGGAGAAGGGGUUCAGACCACCUUACAUAAUAAAGUACAAAAUGGUAGCCAUGUCCCUCCUGAUCUGAGGAAGAAAUUCUCUAAGUGGCUAAGUGCUGAUAAUAUCCCAGAUGAGUUCAAGGUCACGGGGUACAAGCCACACACCAUGUCUGACUUUGACAAAAACGUCUAUGAAAAAGUCAAGCAGAUUUUUGAACCUCCGUGCUCCCCGCUGGUAGCUGAGGACUCUGUGUUUCGCCUGCUACCAAAAGCUUAUAUCUUAACAUGUGAGUUUGACGUUCUCCGCGAUGAAAGCAUACUCUACAAGAAACGCCUGGAAGACAAUGGGGUGUCGGUCACUUGGCACCAUAUUAAAGAUGGCUUCCAUGGAAUCAUCAGCUUUUGCGAUCAGUGGGAUUGUGAAUCGGGGAAACGGGCUGUGGACAGUUUUGUUAGCUUUAUAAGGGAUGCCUGAUGUAUACUUGUGUUCUGAACAUAAAUG